UUGCUGUUUCUGAUCGCCGGCAAUGAGACGACAGCCACUCUAUUGUCGUUUCUGUUGUACGAGUUGUCCGUCAAUGAGAACUGUCAGCAACGGCUGUACGAAGAGAUUCGUGGCGUUGAAGGCGACUAUAGCUAUGAGUCGAUCGCACGGAUGCCCUAUUUGGAGGCCUGUGUGGCCGAAACACUCAGGCAUUACCCGCCCAAUCCGGCCAUCACCAGAAUAUGCACCAAAGAAUAUGUACUAGGCAAUACCGGCUUAACAAUACCAAAGGGAAUGACAGUCAAUUUUGACGUGUAUGGCAUACAUCACAGCCCAGAGUAUUACCCGAACCCCGAGCGUUGGGAUCCCGAAAGGUUCCUCCCCUCAAAUCGUGAUCAAUUAGUGCCCUAUACUUACCUGCCUUUCGGUUUGGGUCCACGAAAUUGUGUGGGAAUGAGGUUUGCGUUAAUGCAGGCGAAGACUACUGUCGCGCAACUCAUCGAUAAAUAUCGCUUCAAACGUACGGCUAAUACACGAUAUCCGCCGACAUUCGAGAUGUUUGAGUUUGUGUUAACGUCUGAUGACAUCAAUAUAGCUAAGUACAAGCUCAUCAAUAGUAUAAUGUUGGCAAAUAUGAAAAGGUAUUUCAAGAUUAAAAAGAGUACUAAAAAUGAUGCGAAAAGUAUUAAUAGCGUUGAGAAAGUGUUUGAUUUAGAAGAGUUGGUGAUUAAGAUCUUCUCAUACCUCGAGAUCCAUGAGUUAAUUGGUUUGGAAAGAGUCUCAAAGCAGUUCCAGUUUUGCGCCAACUAUUGGUUCCGACAGCAAAAGACAGUAUCAUUUAAUGACAAUUAUUGUGGAAUCUAUCACUUUAUGCCAGACAUUGAUGUCAUUCAUAAUUCAUAUGCUUUUCCGCUGAGAUAUCUUCAGACGAAUGCUAACCAAAAUCCAUGUCUUAUGGAAAACAAACACAAAAUGAUUUGGUUGUCAAAGAAAUUGCCAAACAUUGAGUACUUAUGAAUCGGUCACUUAGAGUCAGAUUACCAGACAUUAUAUGAUAUUCUCAAAGCGUUUCAAUCAAUCAAAUGGUUAGAAAUCCUGCGAUAUUAAGAAUUUUACGGCUCAAGAGUUGGGACAAUUGGGACAACUGUUGUCGGGAAGAGUGACUAAAUUAAAUGUAAACAUUUGUAGCAAUCAAUCAGAAAAUGUUAUUCAAUAUAUGAUACGAGAGAUGAAUGGUUUAACAAAAUUAAUGAUACAUUUUACUGAACGCCA